AUGUAUUUACUUUUACUUGUAUCCCUACUGGGGUCGGUGAUAAGCGUCCCGUUGAGUAUUGAAGAUGGUGCCACUAAAAAUGUCAACUAUGAACACUACUUAUUGCCUGGAGAAUCUUAUCCGACUUUAUACGACGUCCGUCUCUUCUUGGAUCCAAACGUUUCGGAAUCGUUCAACGGGGAUGUUUCUAUCAGGAUUAUUCCCGUCAUGAAUACGAACGAGAUCGUCAUUCAUGCAAUGGAAAUGCAAAUCAACAGUAUCAUUGUCACAAGCGACAGCAACCCUCAACAGAACAUCUUUCAAAAUUUCAGUCUAGCUACAGAUGAUACUCAUUUUUUGAAAAUCAGUACUAGUACACCUCUGAUAGCAGCGCAACCAUAUACCGUGCAAAUCAGCUACAUUGGUCAAUAUGCUGAUAAUAUGUUUGGUAUAUAUCUCUCUACUUACGAAGAGCCUGGUGUGGGUACAGAGCGACUUAUUACUUCACAGUUGCAACCUACUUUCGCUCGAAGAGCGUUUCCGUGUUACGAUGAGCCUUCUUAUAAAGCCGUAUUCAGAACAACCAUUUAUGCACCUCCUGAAUAUCCAGUGGUAAGAAGCAACAUGCCUGAAAGGACUGAUCUUUUGAAACCUGACGUGGAGGGAUUCCGUAAAUUUGAAUUUCAAGACACGUUGGUGAUGUCAUCGUACCUCGUAGCCUAUUUAGUUUCUAAAUUUGAAUACGUCACCAACGAACAGAGCCCCAUUUAUAAUAUACCAUUUAGAGUCUACUCCAGACCGGGUACCCAAAACACGUCCUCUUUUGCCUUGGAUUUCGGUCAAAGAAACAUGAUCGCUUUGGAGAAUUAUACAGAGUUUGCUUACGCCUUCCCAAAGAUGGACAAAGCCGCUGUACCUGAUUUUGCUGCCGGGGCUAUGGAGAACUGGGGCCUUGUUAUUUACAGGGAAAUAGCUCUCCUGGUACAAGAUGGCAUUACGACUACGAGUACCAAACAAAACAUUGGCAGAAUCAUUUGUCACGAGAACACCCAUAUGUGGUUCGGCAACGAAGUCAGCCCACUUACCUGGACUUAUACUUGGCUGAACGAAGGUUUCGCAAACUUCUUUGAAAACUUCGCCACUGACUUGGUGCUACCAGAAUGGCGGAUGAUGGACCAAUUCGUGCUCUUACUGCAAAAUGUCUUUCAAAAUGAUGCAGUGCUCAGCGUGAAUCCAAUGACUCAUCCAGUCUACACUCCUUCUCAAAUCAUCGGCACUUUUAACGCUGUUGCUUACCAAAAAUCUGGGUCCGUAAUUCGUAUGAUGCAACACUUUUUAACGCCAGAAGUGUUCCGGAAGGGGCUCGUUAUCUACUUACGCAAUAACUCACGCCGAGCUGUUGCUCCUCAAGAACUUUAUACAGCUCUCCAACAGGCGUUAGAUGAGUCAUCACAUAGCAUCCCUUACCCAAUAUCUGUAAUUUUGGAUCGUUGGACAAACCAAGGAGGUUUCCCUGUUCUUAACGUCAGGAGAUCCGCACCAAGUGCAGAGUCGCUUUUCAUUUCACAGGAGCGUUUUCUAACAAACAGAGAGUUGAGCUCCACGGACCGCUGGCAUGUACCUAUUAACUUGGUACUGUCUACCAAUGCUGAUUUUUCGGACACUAGCCCACAAGCCUGGGUACCUCCCAGUUAUCCUGCGAUAGCUAUCGAUAUCCCUGGUCUUUCAAAUGCUGAAUGGUACAUUAUCAACAAACAACAAACAGGUUAUUAUCGCGUCAACUACGAUGAAGAGAACUGGCAAGCAUUGGCAAAAGUUCUGAACGCAAGCCAUCAAACCAUCCAUCUUCUGAACCGUGCGCAGAUUGUUGACGACGCUUUUAACUUGGCAAGAAAUGGAAGACUUAACUACGUACACGCCUUCGAGAUAUCACGUUAUUUGGUAGCCGAGACUGAUUACAUUCCAUGGGCUUCAGCGAACUCAGCUCUAAGCUACCUCGAAGUCGUCCUCAGCGGUUCGGAAGCUUACGAUUUGUUCCAGACCUACAUGUUAGAACUAUCUAACCCUCUAUACGAAAGCUUGGGUUUCGAGGCACAAUCAACAGACGAACACGUUACCGCGUAUCACAGAAAUAUCAUUUUGAAUAUCAACUGUCGUUUUGGGAACGAGAAUUGCGUGAACAGAUCUCAAGAGCUGCUGGAAGAGUUUAGAAAUAAUCCUUCUCAGCGCCUUGACCCGGAUAUUCAAACGACAGUAUUCUGCUCCGGCCUCAGAGGUGGUGACGUCGAUAACUUCAAUUUCCUCUGGAAUCAAUACUUAGCCAGCACCGACUCCAGCGAACAAUCCAUUCUACUGAAUGCCCUUGGGUGCACGUCGAACGCGGAGAGACGUGACUUCUACCUUAACCAAGUCAUCGAUGAUGAUUCGCCAGUUCGUGAGCAAGACAAACACACUGUUGUUGUCUCUGUCAUCAACGCAAGCCCUGAAAACAUGGAGGUUGCAUUGGACUUUGUCAUAGAACAUUUUGCAGAAAUCCAGACAAGAGUACAAGGCCUGACCGGGACAACUAAUAUUCUAAAUGCCUUUGCCCGAAGACUGACAACUAGUGGGCAUUCUACUAAGAUUGACACAUUUUACAAUCGUCAUCAAUCUAUCCUCUCGGCUGGUGAGCAGGCCGGAAUCGCUGCUAUUCGUGAAAACAUACAGGCCUCUAUCGCUUGGAGUGACCAGCAUUACGAUACGGGACACACCUUCGGUCGCCCCCGUAGUAUAGUUACAGAUGUGAAGAUCCGUCCGUGCCUUGGUAAAGGCCGCUACUCUAACCGCGCACCUAAAGCUGACCGACUUGAUAAGGGAUUAUCCGAUAACUCAAGCGUACCAUUUCGUUGA